CCUCAUUCCAGCCAUCCCUCUGCCUACGAUGAGAGCCUGUCGCUGCCUCAGCUGUCGUCCCGCCGGGGGGCCUUGGGCCCCGGACAUGCGGUGAUUUGAGAAAAGGGGCAGCCACCGCCACCUGGACCUCCCGGCCCAGGACUGCCCUGCACUCACCGGCCAGGGCAGAGAAGAUGGAGCCGCCAGCGGUCAAGGAUGCGACACGUAAGGGACCGUUCAGCCCAUUUCUCAGAAGGGAAAACCGAGGCCCACGGAAUGCCAUGAAUGCCCACCCCAAGGAGAUGGUGUCCCUCAUGGGCAAAAAAGCCACCUUUCCCAGUGGGAACCCUGCCAUCCUGCAGGAGAAGAGGCCAGCGGAGAUCACCCCUACCACGAAGAGCUGUGAGCCUUCUGGGCUUGCCUGUACCUGGCCAAGAGUGAGCACUCAGCGAGGUGGGCGUCCUCAGCAGCAGGGUUGCAAGACACACAGGUGGACGGGCCCUGCUCCAGCUCUAAUGGCCUUGCUUGGCUGCCCCUCCAGUGCACACUUCUUCCUGGAGAUAGAAGGGUUCGAGCCCAACCCCACGGUCACCAAGACCUCUCCCCCCAUUUUCUCCAAGCCCAUGGAUUCCAACAUCCGGCAGUGCCUCCCUGGCAACUCUGAUGACAUGGACUCCCCACAGUCUCCUCAGGAUGACGUGACAGAGACCCCAUCCAAUCCCAAUAGUCCCAGUGCAGACCUGGCCAAGGAAGAGCACAAGCACAAAAAGAAGCGGCUGAAGAAACGCAUCUUUGCGGCUGUGUCGGAAGGCUGCGUGGAGCAGCUGCUGGAGUUGCUGGUGGAGCUGCAGGAGCUGUGCAAGCGGCGCCACAGCCCGGAUGUGCCUGACUUCCUCAUGCACAAGCUGACGGCCUCGGACACGGGGAAGACCUGCCUGAUGAAGGCCUUGUUAAACAUCAACUCCAACACCAAGAAGAUUGUGCGGAUCCUGCUGGCCUUCGCCGAGGAACACAACAUUCUAGACAGGUUCAUCAACGCCGAGUACACGGAGGAGGCCUAUGAAGGGCAGACGGCGCUGAACAUCGCCAUCGAGCGCCGGCAGAGAGACAUCACCGCGGAGCUCAUAGCGGCCGGCGCCGACGUCAACGCCCACGCCAAGGGGGUCUUCUUCAACCCCAAGUACAAGCACGAAGGCUUCUACUUCGGUGAGACACCCCUGGCCCUGGCAGCCUGCACCAACCAGCCCGAGAUUGUGCAGCUUCUGAUGGAGAAUGAGCAGACGGACAUCACCUCGCAGGACUCGCAGGGAAACAACAUCCUCCAUGCGCUGGUGACGGUGGCUGAGGACUUCAAGACGCAGAAUGACUUCGUCAAGCGCAUGUACGACAUGAUCCUGCUGAGGAGCGGCAACUGGGAGCUGGAGACCAUGCGCAACAACGACGGCCUCACGCCGCUGCAGCUGGCCGCCAAGAUGGGCAAGGCCGAGAUCCUGAAGUACAUCCUCAGCCGUGAGAUCAAGGAGAAGCGGCUCCGGAGCCUGUCCAGGAAGUUCACUGACUGGGCAUACGGGCCCAUGUCGUCCUCACUCUACGACCUCACCAACGUGGACACCAUGACCGACAACUCGGUGCUGGAAAUCAUCGUCUACAACACCAACAUCGACAAUCGGCACGAGAUGCUGACCCUGGAGCCCCUGCAUACGCUGCUGCAUAUGAAGUGGAAGAAGUUUGCCAAGUACAUGUUCUUCCUGUCCUUCUGCUUCUAUUUCUUCUACAACAUCACCCUGACCCUCAUCUCUUACUACCGCCCCCGGGAGGAGGAGGCCCUACCGCACCCCUUGGCCCUCACGCACAAGAUGGGGUGGCUGCAGCUCUUGGGAAGGAUGUUUGUGCUCAUCUGGGCCAUGUGCAUUUCUGUGAAAGAGGGCAUGGCGAUCUUCCUGCUGAGACCCUCAGACCUGCAGUCCAUCCUCUCAGAUGCCUGGUAUCACUUUGUCUUUUUUUUCCAAGCUAUGCUUGUGAUACUGUCUGUCUUCUUGUACUUGUUUGCCUACAAAGAGUACCUCGCCUGCCUUGUGCUGGCCAUGGCCCUGGGCUGGGCGAACAUGCUUUACUACACGCGGGGGUUCCAGUCCAUGGGCAUAUACAGCGUCAUGAUCCAGAAGGUUAUUUUGCAUGAUGUUCUGAAGUUCUUGUUUGUAUAUAUCGUGUUCUUACUUGGAUUUGGAGUAGCUCUGGCCUCGCUGAUUGAGAAGUGUUCCAAGGACAAAAAGGACUGCAGCUCCUAUGGCAGCUUCAGCGACGCGGUGCUGGAACUCUUCAAACUCACCAUAGGCCUGGGCGACCUGAACAUCCAGCAGAACUCCAAAUAUCCCAUCCUCUUCCUAUUCCUGCUCAUCACCUAUGUCAUCCUCACCUUCGUCCUCCUUCUCAAUAUGCUGAUUGCCCUGAUGGGGGAGACCGUGGAGAACAUCUCCAAGGAGAGUGAGCGCAUCUGGCGCCUACAGAGAGCCAGGACGAUCUUGGAGUUUGAGAAAAUGUUACCAGAAUGGCUGAGGAGCAGAUUCCGGAUGGGAGAGCUGUGUAAAGUGGCAGAGAAAGAUUUCCGACUGUGUUUGCGGAUCAACGAGGUGAAGUGGACUGAAUGGAAAACUCACGUCUCCUUUCUCAAUGAAGAUCCAGGGCCUGGAAGACGGACAGCAGAUUUCAACAAAAUCCAAGAUUCUUCCAGGAGCAACAGCAAAACCACCCUCAAUGCAUUUGAGGAAAUAGAUGAAUUUCCGGAAACUUCAGUGUAGAAGCAGAAUCCAGAGCUCGUGUGCACAGGGGCCGUCUGAUGCUGGAGGCUGGGUCCUGGACUUGGUACUGCGGGCCCUGUAGAGAGAUGGAGCCUGGCUCUGCCUGCAGAGACGAGGAAAGCACUCUCAUGCUGGAUGGGUGGCUGAACCAAGGGGCAGUUGUCACUUUGUCUGAGUGGGAAACACCCUGAAUUUUGUUAUUCAGCAAAGAGUUUGUAUAAACCCACGGCCAGUAGUCCUGAGCCUGGGAGUCCCAGGAGUCCCUGAAUCCUGGCUGGAGUCCCUGUGUUCAUCAACUGCAGGUCAAUUUGGCUGGGAGAGGGUGGCAGGGCAAGGGCGGGGGUCCGAGGAGCAGGGAGAGGAGUCUUCUGCCAAUGUCUUGACAGCUCCCAGUCCCUGCACAUUCUACCAUCUCCCCUACCGUGACUGGGUCUCCUGAAUUUAAGGGACUCUUGAUUCAUCCCAGAAUGUGCAGGGGACUGGGCUAAGCCAGAUAUCCUGGGCCCAGAGGAGAAUGAGCUUCUGGAAACUUCAGGGAGCAGGAAAACACCCUUGGAAUAAGUGGCCUUGGUACUCAAGGCUCAAACUGUCUCCAACUGAGACGUUUCUAGUAGCAUAAAUAACACGCGGCUUUUCUUUUCAGUAGAGAAAGGUCACUUCAGUUUUGAAUGAAAAUUACUUCAAAUGAAGUAUAUGAUUUUAAAAACUGAGAAAUAGAUUUUAGGAUUUGGGGCUGGAUGUAAGUAUUAUAUACUUGGCCUCGGGGUGGCCAGAGCAAGGACAAAAAGCUUUUCUUUAUGCACAUAAAGUGCACACGAGACAGGCCAGACAGGGCCUGCGAUCUGGGUGAAAGAUCUUGGCUAUCUUCCUUGUCGCAGCCCUGCAGCAGUGCAUGCCUCCAGGUUGGGAUCAUGGCUUCAUCUGAAACAGAAAUAGCAGCUGCUCUAUUUAUACCGUCUUGAAUCUCAGAGGUUACUCUUAUACAUCAGUAUCUCUCUUUGGAGGAAUGUAACAAAAUACCUGAAAUGCUCUGGAAUUGGUUUAAAAGGACCAGUUCUCUUAUUUUACACCUGGAGACUACACUCCAGAAGGAGAGUGGACUUGUUCAGAGUCGUGCAGGAGGUCAUAUCAGAGCUGUUGAAGCUGGAGUGUUCUGAUUCUGGACCACAGAUAUUCCCCCGCAUGAUUUUUUUUUAGGCGCAGUUAUUCGGUAAAUUUGAGCCUGCCUUGUGGUUGGCAUAUGUUGGGGACUAGGGCUUUUUGCUCAAAUGAUUCCCGUUGGCAGUCUGCACCGUCCCUGUGAUCCCUAUGCUAGGUUUAAAAUUCGAGUGUGUGCAUAUAGGUGUGCAGAAAACCACACACACACACACUGAAUCCACAGGUGUAUCAGGAUGUCUUAAAUGAUUCACAUUUCAGUAAUUUAAGGGGAAGGCAUUUUCCAGGGAUGCAAUCUCCCAUGCUCAGGUCAUAGUUUUGACUGGAAAUUUUCCUUUAACUAAACUCUGCCUCAGGAAGAAUCCAUUAUUCCAGAAAUUAUGUGAUAAAUCUGUUUGGUAUAAAAGUGGUGCUUACCUUCCUCCCUGGGGGAGGGAGGGUGGGAGAAGGAGUUCGAGGCUGUACUGUGAAGUCAUUAUGCUUGUAGACAGCUCCUGCCCUGGAGCCCAGUGUUACUGCCUUUCUUUUCCUUCCACAAGGCCUGGUGAACUAAGUUCUUUUGCUCUGGGUAGGGCCCUGCUAGAUGGGCCGUCAUCUGGGUCCGUUAGCCAUACUUGAUCUCUGCAUUGAUUUACAUGCUUUUACUGUGACCUUGGUCCCAAACACAGAAUUGUCACCUUGUUCUCAUUGAAUGUGCCUGAUCCUUGCACAUUCCAUGUACAUCCUUGUUUUUAGUGGCGUGUGUGUGAAACUCUGUGUUCAAGAAAGAAGUCAUAAAUGGAGUAAGAACAUUUUAGUGCCAUUGAAGAACUGCUUUUAUGAUUUCUAAUAAAUAUUUAUUUUGCCUUGUCAUGACCACGUUUUAUCCUUGUCUUCGGUGCCGGUAUGAAGACUGACUGGAAACCCUAGGGUGUGGCUUAACAUGAGCAGAUAAAAGGAAGUCUGCUUUUUGGAGCUACUGCAUUUUUAUUGGUUCCAGCUCAGCACACAAAGACAUGCCACCUUUGUGCUGUGUUUACAUCUCAGAGUACAUCAUGUCCAGCACCCCAUUUUAACCACUCAAUAACUCUGGAAGCAAUCUGAGUAAAAGGAGACCUAGAGAUUUUAAGGGACAUGCCCAAGGAAUCACAGCCUGAAAACCUUAUAGGUUCAGGUCAUAUGGCACCCUCCACCCCACCCCCCACCCGGCCCCAAGCAGGGGUCCAUCCACCAUGCUUGCUGGCUCUCAACUUACUUUGCAUGGAUGUGAACCCAUGGCUCCACCUGGAGACCAGGAAGUAGAAAUCUCUCCUGCCUACCUCACAGGACCUUUAUUU